AUGGCCAAGGUGCUGCUGAGGCUGCAGCGCUCGUGCCGCCGGCGGCCCGCGCGCCUCUGCGCGCUGCUGGCGCUGUACGCGGCGGCGGGCAGCCUGCUGCUGCUGCACGCCGGCGUGGCGGCACCGCGCGGCGCCCGCCGCCCGCCCGCGCCGCCCCGCGCCGCCGCCGCGCGCCCGCCCGCGCCGCGCGCCCUGCCCGCCGCCGCCGCCCCGCGCUACGGGCCCUGGGCCAGGAGCGCCGGCAGGGCCGCCGGCUCCGGCGGGACGCGGGCGCUUGGGAGCCGCGGCGCACGGGACAAGGAGGAGGAGAGAGCCAGGUACGUGGGCUGCUUCGAGGACAGCCCGCGCCGGCGCACGCUGCGCGGCGUCUCCUUCUUCGACUACAAGAAGAUGACGGUGUUCCGUUGCCAGGACAACUGYGCCGAGCGGGGCUACCUGUACGCGGGGCUGGAGUUCGGCGCCGAGUGCUACUGCGGCCACAAGAUCCAGGCGGGCAACGUGAGCGAGGCCGAGUGCGCCAUGGCGUGCAAGGGCGAGCGCGGCACCACGUGCGGCGGCGCCAACCGCCUCUCCGUCUACCGCCUGGAGCUGGCGCAGGAGGCGGCGCGGCGCCACGGCAGCGCCGUGUUCCGCGGCUGCUUCCGCCGCCCCGACAACGUGUCCGUGGCGCUGCCCGCCGCCYGCGCCAUGCGCAACAUGUCCGUGGACAAGUGCGUGGACUUCUGCACCGAGAAGGAGUUCCCGCUGUCGGCGCUGGCCGGCACCGCCUGCCGCUGCGGCUUCCCCACGCGCCUCUUCACGCUGCACGAGCGCGAGGACGAGCAGCUCUGCGCCCAGCGCUGCGCCGGCGACGAGCUCGAGAGCUGCGGCACCGCCGACUACUUCCUCGUCUACCAGACGCAGGUGCAAGACAACCGCUGCAUGGACCGGCGGUUCCUGCCGGCGCGCUCGCGGCGCGUCGUGGCGCUCGCCAGCUUCCCCGGCGCCGGCAACACGUGGGCCCGGCACCUCAUCGAGCUCGCCACCGGCUACUACACCGGCAGCUACUACUUCGACGGCUCCCUCUACAACAAAGGCUUCAAGGGCGAGCGGGACCACUGGCGCAGCGGGCGCACCAUCUGCGUGAAGACGCACGAGAGCGGCCAGAAGGAGAUCGAGGCCUUCGACGCCGCCAUCCUGCUCGUCCGCAACCCCUACAAGGCGCUCAUGGCCGAGUUCAACCGCAAGUACGGCGGGCACAUCGGCUUCGCCGCCCACGCGCACUGGCAGGGCAAAGAGUGGCCGGAGUUCGUGCGCACCUACGCGCCGUGGUGGGCCACGCACACGCUGGACUGGCUGCGCUUCGGGCGCAACGUGCUCGUGGUGCAYUUCGAGGACCUCAAGCGCGACCUGUUCGCGCAGCUGCAGCGCAUGGUGGCYCUGCUGGGCGUCGCGGCGCGCGAGGACCGGCUGCUCUGCGUCGAGGGCCAGAAGGACGGCAACUUCAAGCGCUCGGGGCUGCGCAAGCUCGAGUACGACCCCUACACGCCCGAGAUGCGCGCCCUCAUCGGCGGCUACAUCAAGACGGUGGACGCGGCUCUGCGGCUGCGCAACCUCUCCGGGGUGCCGGACGAUUACUCGCCGAGGUGACGGGGACACCGGGGACACCACGGAAAGCCUCGGUCUGCCCGGMCUCCACCUGCCUCCCUCCGAGCCGGCUUGCUGCUCUGCACCCACGGGCCGCGCUUGGUUGUGGUGCAUCCUCUGCAUGAGAGGUGCAGGAGGAGGGAGCGUGUGGGGAGCGUGCACGGCACCUGGGUGCUGCACCAACCUCCCCUGCGUGAGAGGUGCAGGAGGGAGCUCACAGUGAGCAUGCACGGCGCCCGCGUGCUGCAUCAGCUCCCUGCAUGAGAGGUGCAGGAGGGAGCUCACAGUGAGCAUGCACGGUGCCCUGGUGCUGCAUCAGCUCCCCUGCAUGAGAGGUGCAGGAGCAGGGAGCUCAUGGCAAGCGUGCACGGCACCCGCCCCGUGCAUCAGCUCCGUGGGGCUGCCGUUGGAGCAUCCCAUGGCGGCUGCUGCUCUCCAUCAGGAGCCCGUCCUCCAGGCCGUGCACUCCCCCGUCCCUGCGCCCCGUCCGGUGCCUGUAGCCGCCC